AUGGAAAACAUCGCGGACACUAUGUCUCGGCUCCGAGCAGCGGAAGAUGCUUCAGAGAUGUUUGAUAAGGAAGCUCUGAUUCGGCAACAUGAGACUUCUGCCCGAAGCCAUGCUCAUUUACAAGCAGGCAAUAUCUCCACUUCUUACAUGUCCAUAGCAGAUCCUAUUUCGCGCCCCGGUGCACCCUCCGUGUCGCUCCAAGGCCUCCGACUCAUCCGACUCCGGGAGCUUAAUUUAGGGCGUACCCAUCGCGGCCGGGUUCUUUUCGGCACCCUCUGUGUAGAGCCCUUCAAAACUGUUGGCGUCAUGACUGUGCUCCAAGAUGACCAAGGCCUUGCCAUUAGAGUGGCCGUCUACAAUGUACCUGCGUCAGAGUCCACCCCUGCGGCUCUCAGCGCAAAAUAUCCCAAGGGAGCCAAGGUCGCGAUUAAGGAGCCCUACAUCAAGCAAGCUGCAGAUGGAGGACUCGCUAUUAGAGUAGACAACCCUGCAGACCUGGUGCGAGUGACGGGACAAGUAUCACUGGACAAUGAGCCUCCGAUAGACAUGUUGGAUUUGGAGGAGGAGCGGCGCAAGGGCAACGAGUGCUUCCGGAAGCAAGACUGGCGAGGCGCCGUCACCCAUUACACUAACUGCAUUCGAGCACCAUAUAAUGGCGAAGGGGCGAAACAGACACGGUUGCUUGCUUAUUCCAACAGAGCGGAGACGUACCUCCAGAUGGGCCAGUUUAAGCAGGCAUUGGAGGACUCCAACCAGAGUCUCGAGAUUGAUCCUGGGCAUCUGAAAACCCUCUAA